AGCCCUCCUCAGCGGGCGAGCCAGGCCACCUCCUAGGACAGCCCCGGUCCGCGCCGGGAGGACAACAACGCCCGCUCCGCAGCGGAGCCACGGGCCGUCGGGCCGUGCCGGCCGCAGGCACCGCCCUCGGGAGCCGCCCGCCCUUCCGGGCCGGCGGGCGCCAUGGGGAGCGGCCGGCUGUGGGUGAGGGCGGCACACACGGCCCUUAGCGGUGGGUUGAUGCUGGGGCUGUUCCUGCACCGCACAGAUCUGCGAAAGCAAGAGGAGCGCGGGGAGCUGCUGCAGCCACUGAUCUUCGUCUUGCUGGUUUUGUGCUCGAUCUUGCUGUACUUCAAGGUGUCUCUCAUGGAUCCGGGUUUUGUUAAGGCUGAAGAGGAAGAAAAGGCAGACAAGAGUGAGGAACAAAGUGUAGAGAUACCCCUGGUUCCAAGUAAUAUUAAGCUGCGACGUUGUGGUUACUGCAUGGUGAAGCAGCCGAUGCGAGCCAAGCACUGCCAGCUGUGCCAGCACUGUGUGCGGCGCUACGACCAUCACUGCCCCUGGAUUGAGAACUGCAUAGGAGAAAAGAAUCACCCCUUCUUCAUAGUCUUCCUGAGCGUGCAGCUUGUCGUGCUGCUGUGGGGAGGUCAGGUUGCUUGGUCAGGCCUCUACUUUGAACAGUCCUGGGAGUGGCUGAAUCACAUUUUCCUCCUCACAUCUUUUCUCCUGAUAGUCAUAUUCAGCAUUGUUGUCGUGCUGCUGCUCAUUUCACACCUCUAUCUGAUCUCAUGCAACACCACCACCUGGGAAUUUAUGUCACAUCAUCGCAUCUCCUACCUGCGACACUCCGAGUUGGAGAAUCCCUUUGAUCAAGGGGUGAUCCUCAAUCUCUGGAGAUUCUUCUGUUCAUGCCACCUCACUGCAUGGGAGAAGAUCUAUUUUCACAGGAACAAUGAGCCUGUCUAGUCACAGCAGCACCUACCUGGUACAGCGCCAACACAUCUGUUGGGUAAAGCUUUGCUAAUGCAAUUGCUGCUCUUGCCUUACAUGGAACUUUAGUACAUCAUGAACUAUGCAGCUUAUUCCAGAACCUGUUCAUCCUGCAAAUUACACUUCAAGGAUAAGUCAGGGUUAUUUUUUUUUUUCCACAUGUGAAUAACACUGUUAAAGGUGAGACACUGGUUCUGCGAAGGCCAGCAGAGCUGAGUUCUGGAUGGAGCAAAGGUCUCUCUCUAAAUUUACUUCCUUUUGAAACUGCAUCCACA